CUUGUAGUGGAAGGGGCCGGCCGUUCAUGCUGUUGCCAUGCCUUGCAGUCCCAGGUCCAUGAUCCCCUUCGAACUCUAUAGAGUUUCUUCAAGAUAGUUUAUUUAUUCGAUGGACAGAGACCUGUUUGGUUUAUGCAACCGACGCAACGGGAAGUAGAACACAUGACCAUCAGUGACCUGCGGGUGGAACACACUGAUAAAUUUGUGCAGUUUCAAAUGGCGAGACCUCACAGGCACAUUGCACAUGUACACGUACAGUACUUGUACACGUACAUGUAAAGCACAUGUGCAUAUACACGUACAUGUACGCCUUGCAACGUGUCGGUUCGAAGGCCACUGGCUUGUGUGCACUGUGUACAGACGGACGUCGAAUGGGAGCUUCCAUUAUCAACUAGUGUCAACAUUCAAUAGUCUCCAAUGAUUUGUCGCACUCGGUAUUUUAAAAAAUGACCGAAUCGGAUGAUAUGAAAAGCAGCGUUGAGGUCAACCUGGGGAAAAAUCAAUCUUGUGGUGAAUCGGGGCCCCGGGCUGCCCCUUCGUCAUCCCCGAUAAUAUUUUCUAGGGAAAAGGCCAGGAAUAAUGUAAGUUGCGUGCUAAAGUACAAAAUUUUCAACUAUCUGUAUCUUUUUUUAACGAGACUUGCUAUAUUUGCAAAAUGCUUUACUAUUUCUGGACAGGAUACCGCACAAGAUCGAUCCUACCCGAUACAGUGAUCAACCUGAUUUUAACGAUCAACUCGUGCUCAUAAAACAUGCUUUUUUUUGGGGGGGGGGCUAUCACGAUACAGGUGUACAAUCAUGCAGCAUCUUACACCAGAAUGGCAUGUUGGCCUUACUAUUGUUUUCCCUUUUUGAGUGAUUUUUUGUCGUUGAGAAGUUCGAAAAGUCACCACAAUCCCCUUUAAUUUUUUGCUUGCAACGAAACAGUGUGGGGGAAAGCAGGUAACCCCCACUUUUUUUGGGGGGGGUAUUGCAUAAUCACCCCCCUUUUCGUGGUGAGAUAAACAUUACGGGGAACUGCGAAGAAUUUCGAACUUCCCAACAACCGCGCUGUAGCGUAUUUAAUCGCGCUCAAAAGGGAGAACAAUAUAGAGUCAUAAAUACCGUUCUGUAAGAUAAACAGGUCUGUAAUGCAUAUUACAGAUCUGCAUGAUGAACAUCGCCCUCAAAUGUUAUUUGGUGUCAUUUUACCACCAUUCGCUUUUCUAGCAUGGCCAAGCAUGUCAUCCCCCAACCAUUCCCCAUCCCCAUCUCCCCAACCUCCGGGUAAGAUUUACGUCACUGGUGGGCAUUGUUUCAGAAAUAAGCUGAUUCCACACAGUUGCUAUCAAAAGCUGGACCCUGCAAGUAUAAAGCUCAAGACACUGGUAAACUUCUUUUUGUUUUUUGUUUACAUCAGGUUUGCUUAAUGCUGACCUUUAUUUGGAAUCCUCGUGAGAUCAUAAGUAAGUUGGAGACCUAACGUCUACAAUGCAGUAAUAUGGGGGUUUGCUCAGAAAACAGUGAAGUAGAUUUUUUUUUUUGGGGGGGGACAAAAAACAAAAUCGUUGGUUUUCUGGGAAACUGGGCAAGUCCAAUGUUUUAAAAGCAAUAUUUUAUCUUGACAACAAAUCCGUGAUAUCAGUCACUCUUGGGCUAAUACCGGACUAUAUUAAUAGUCGAAGUCAGAAUUUUGAGUAAUUUCAAUGGAAUCUAAAUUAGUCUGAUUUCUCAAGGCAUUCACUUGACUAAGUCUGAAUUUCAACGCAGCCUGUCUCCAGUUUUACGACCGCCUAUGCGUGAAUUAUAGUUUCAUACAUGUACACAUGUCCAGAUUCAGACGCAGUAUGGUAAGAGGUUGAAGGUCAGUUGGAGCAGCACGUCGAUUCAACUUCGAGGUUGAAAAUAGCUAUGAAAACCAUCUGUUCCUUCUGCAUUUCCAAAUUAUUGUGUGAAAUGCGAAGUCCAUCUGAAACUACAUGUGUACUUCACUGCGGCUCUGUUAGGCAACUGAGAGCAACUUUAAGAUUUUAGAAAAUCUUUGCAUGCGUUAUGUUGUACCUGGGCGCUAUUGUAACCGAAUACUCAACGGAAAGUGGGUGGUAUGCAGUGCAACGUUACUCAAGGCAAAAACCGCUCGGUAUGCUCUUUGAUUUUCAAAAACCACCUCUCCACGCAGCACCCCGCGGAUAGUAUUACAGUCGAAGGCACGACGAGGAAGCGUUUAACCAUCUCAGUCGGUCUAUGACGUCAUACCUACAGACCAUUGAUUGGCCACAACACGGUGAGGUAUGAUUUUUAUAAGUCGUUCAUGUUUCAAUAUACAUGUACCACUUAUCGCUCACCUUCCUAUCGGGCUGUUCGUUUGCUCUUUGCAAACUUGAUUAACAAAAUCAAGCAUAAAGCAAAAGCAAAGCUAUAUAAACCACAACAAAAACUGAAAUUCAAAAAGUAUGAGCCACGGUCGACGUUUCCAACCUGUUGGCAAAAGGUUUUUUUAUCGAUUUUUAAAACUUUAUAGAAAGAGUUUUUCAACUCUUUCGUCAAUAAUAUAAAAAUUAAUCUGUUGUGAUAAGUUGCAAUCAAUCCUGCAUGCAUAUCGUCCAUACAGCGACGGAAAACGAGGCUUUAAAAAUUAGAGUUUUCACGACGAAGUGGAUACCUAGAGAGGGCCAGGAGUAGAAAGCAUUGUGUGUGUGGUGUCUUGUGUCUAAGGUAGGACACAUAACACACACAUAAGACGACGUUAAAAUUACUUAAGCAUCUCUUUCUGACUCCCCGAUUGUUUUGGGAAAGCUUUGAAUUUUACCAAUGCGAUACAAUACACAGAGGCUACAGCCUCUGUAUAUUGGUGUUUACUUAUUUUUAGCGCGUAACUUCCCUGCCCCUUUUUUCAUACUCGUCAACUGACCCAACAAAACGCUCCCCACUUGCUUUACAGCUUAGCGAGGGAAGUACAUGUACAUGUAUUUACAUGUAGCUGCCCUCCAUGGGUCAGUGACUACCGUGAAUGCUACCAUCGUGAAUGUCCUCCUUCUGCUCUCGGUGGUACCACGGAGCUAUGUCAGUAUGUGGAUGAUUUGGUAGCACAAAAUUGUGUGCUCAGCAUCGCAUGAACUAAGGCGGAUGGCUGUGUGCAUUUGUACAAUGUACAUGUAUGUGCUUCCAAGUUUUAUGUUUGUUGUACACUCGUGUAAAGAUUUCACUCUAGUGGUUUCAGAAAUUUCACGUACAUUCACUUUUUCGAAACACCCGUCAAAAAAGAAUGACACAGACUACAGAGCAAGUGCGGGAAGUGGUAUCGAUAAAACUGCUGAAUCGUCUUCCCCGUUUUACGUAUCGCCGACUUAUGGUGAUCUUCUCUUCUAUAUGUUUGGUGCUUAUAUUAUUUCUCUGUCUCCUGGACACGUAUCAGCACGAAAUAUCUCACGGUAAAGCUCAGAGGAUAUCUCUAAACUGGAGGUUGCGAGGGGAAUCUCGCCAACCAACGACUCGAUCGCACCAGGAAGAAUUCAAAAAUACUUACAUUAAGCACCAGUACGAGGACUGGCUCCAUUCACAGAAACAAUCUAGUAAUGAGAGUUUUGACCUACGGCCGGACAGUAGUUUUAUGCAACAACAAGCUGUUGUUCAACGCAAACGCAAGAGGACACUACAGGAUGUGUGCAGAAAACAUCCCCAGUUGACCGAUGUACAGUUAACAAGUAGAAACACACGUCUGCUCUUCGCCACGGACAAAACCAGGUUGCUUUACUGCGCUGUUCCAAAGGCUGGUUGUACCAACUGGAAGAAAGUUCUUAUGGUCUUGGAAGGUCAUCAGAAACAUGUAUGGAACAUCACCGGUUAUGAAGCUCACCAACAUAAUCAUAUCAGAAAUUUGUCAUCCAUGCGUCCGCGAGAUCGAGAAUAUAUCCUUGAGACUUAUCCAAAGUUUAUGUAUGUCCGCGAUCCUUUCGUCCGCUUGAUAUCAGCUUAUCGCAAUAAAAUUGCCCGAGACAUUUCACACCAGGGAAAAGUUUUCAGAGGUUACGCACGAAGGAUUGUGAGCAAGUACCGAAAGGGGGCGCUCCUUCACGAGCUGGAGGCAGAAGGGAAUUAUAACGUCACAUGGGAUGAGUGGAUAAGCUAUUUAACAGAUCCUUCCGAGUUAAACGGAUUUAACCAGCACUGGAUGGAAUUCUAUAAAUUGUGCUUUCCGUGUAGAAUUUAUUAUGAUUUCAUUGGAAAUCUUGAAACUGCUUCAACGGAUUCAGCAUACAUGCUAGCUGUUUUAGGACUAGAUAGAGUGUCAUACCCCUCAUCCGUUGCGACCGGGAGCAAGGUGUUCUACGAUCAAUAUUUUGCUAAUAUCAGCAAGGAAAAUCUUUCCAAACUGUGGAAGAUUUACAAACUGGAUUUUAAACUCUUUGGUUUUUCAAGGCCCUCAGUAUUGGAUACACUAGACAUCAGUGACCACAUGUAAUUCCAAUUAUUCUUGUUUUGUAGAGAGAAGCGUUGAGGUUGAGUCCACAGUCUUUCUAGACUUUUUACGCACAUUGCAAUUAAUUAAGAGCCUAACAACAGUCUUUCUGUGGUCAAAACUCAAACUGAUUUUGCCUAUAGAGGGAUUUCACAUUAGCUCCAUCUGCGCAUAUCCGCAUCGAAACCGAGGCUCCCUGUGUUAAACUUUUUCGCGCGAGCCCGCGGAGUCGCCACAGUACAUGUAGUAUCCAGUUCGUAAGUGUGGCGCCACUUAAGUUUAAAUUUCGCCCCCUGCACAAGAUACACGACCAUCGCCGGUACGUUAGUUAUUUUUUCUUUUGAUGUUAUGUGUUGAGUCAUCCUGAAAGACUCUUCCACAAAAAUUUGAAGCCUAGAAAGUCUUAAUUUAACAUACCUUUAUGUAAUUUGUAUCUUGAAUCCUUACUUUCCAUCGUCUGAUCGUAUUAAGAAUUGAAGCUAACACAUACAGCCUCGUUUUCAAACGUGGAAAAGCGCAGAUCGACGCUAAAAGCGCCGUAUUGGGAUCCCUCUGUUGAUAGUGAACUGAUACUUCGUUAGUAUAUUGUGCAGCAGGUACCAAGAGUCUUUUGAAAAAACAAGAGAUAACCUCAAAAUACCUCUGUAACAGCGUACUCUACAAGAUUCAUAUUACCCUUUAGGCCUAGUGCAAGGGUGCUCGUCCCUUUUUAAAAUUUUGGAUGAUUUUUAUAAAUAAGGACGCAAAAUGAACACUCCUGAUGAUAAUACACUGUAAAAAAGCAUUGCAUAAAUCGAGGGAAAGAAUUUGAAAGUUUGUGACAAAUGAAAACGAAUACCAUAAA